UUAGGUUUCUCCCCCGUCAUGUCCUCCUCCCCUCCCCGUAGGCCAUCUCUCCGCCCGUGACCACCACCAAGAGGCGUCCCCGGCAGCGAUCAACGACGGCGGCAGGGACGCUUCCCGACGUCUCAACUCUCAAGUUCGAACAGACCGAGGGGAAUUCCGUGACAAGUAACCCGCCCACAUCCAUCUAGAUCCUUCCUACCCUCCACCAACAACAAUGCCGCCGCCUCCGACUCCGGCGACGAGGCCUGCACCGACGCUGCCGGACGAGCUUAUCGAGGAGGUCUUCCUCCGCCUCCCACCGGACGAGCCCUCGAGCCUCGUGCGUGCCUCCCUGGCCAGCAGUUUUUGGCUUGGCCUCCUCACCGGAACUAGCUUCUCCGUUCGCUACCGAGAGUUCCAUGAUGCUCCCCCCAUGCUGGGCUUCUUUUAUUCCUGGCUCCACGCCGACCGCCCCAGCGACGAAGGAGAAUCCCCCGUCCAACGCUUUGCCUUCACCACGAAAUUCGGCGCGCGCAUUCCCGAUGUCGUGGAAUGGGAGGACUAUGAAGCGUUGGACUGCCGCCAUGGCCGCGUUCUCUUUGAAAACCCCUUUGGGUGUCCCGCCCCGAUGUUCGUUUGGGACCCCAUGACGGGCUGCACGAGGUACCUGGAGAAGCCCGAUGGAUGCGGGAGCAAUGGGGCCACGGUGGUCUGUGCUGUGAGCGGUUGUGACCACCGCUUGUGUGACGGGGGGCCCGUCCGUGUGGUCUUUUUCACGACCGGUUACGGUGAUGGUUGUGUUGCACACGCGUCCGUCGCGUUGCUGGAGAUGGAUGAUGCGUGGAGCGAGAGCUCUGAUCUUGAUCUUGAUCUUGAGCUUGAGUGGACCCUGAGCACUGGUCUUGAACUUGAAGCUAGGCGUGCAUUCAUUCCGGAAAUAAUGCCCCCUGUCCUCAUCAAAGACGCACUCUACUACAUGCUUUCCAUUGUUGAUGGUGUUCGUGACAUGGCUAUUCUCAAGUACGACAUGGCCUCUGAUGGCUUGUCAUUGAUUGAUCUACCGGACAUGCGCUCUAAUGGCUUAUCACUCAAAGAUCAUUCCUUUAUCCCCAUGGCCAUGGGGGAUGGCAAUUUGGGGUUUGCACAAGUGGACGGGUUAACCCUUAACCUAUGGUCAAGCUCAAUCCAGACGGGUGCCGAGGGCCUUGCGUCAUGGACUCAGCAUAGAGUUGUCGAUCUUAAGAACCUUCUCCCUAUUCAGAAUCCCAAGGAAAGUCUUAGGCUGAUUGGAUCCGUGGAAGACAGUGAUAUCAUUUUCGUGACUACAGACCUUGGCAUCUACCAGAUUAGUCUCAAGUCCCUCAUGUGGAAGAAGCUAUGGAAGAGCGAGAAGUUCAGUGCUUUGAUUUCAUACAUGAGUUUCUACAAUCCACAAGGCUCAAGAAAACUUUGAAGGCUAUGUACUAUACUUGAAUGUUACACCUAGUUAUGCUUAUGAAGGGGUAUGGAAUCACACUAAUAAAUCUACGUUUGCAGAGAGGAUCAACCCCUACGAUGAAGAUCAUUAAUGGCUUAGUGUUGAAUGUGCUUAAGAGCAGAAGGCCACUAUCAUCAAUUGGAAAAAUUAUCACUUGAAGGGGCAACGUGGUCUCGUGAUGAAUUAUGCACUAUUAAUAGCUGGUUUGGUGCAAUGCUGUUUGUUUUGUCAUUUUGUUGGUAACUUAGUCGGCCAGCUUAAUAAUUCCCGGUGUUAAAUGACAUGCACAAGCGGGUGAAGGGAUUAUCUUUGUAAUGAACCUACUAGUUGUCACAGGAUUUACGGAUGGACAGAGCCAACCGACUUUAAUCUGUUUUCCUCAUAAUUGGAAUGUCUUAUCUUCUAUAAUUAAUGUCUUAAUAUCUUUGAAUCAA